AUGGAUAUUUAAACAGAAAAAACUUAAACAAUAGCUUGCUACAGGAUAGCUUAAUCUAAUUGCACAUUCAGUUUCAAGUUUUAAGAUAGUUUAGAGCACGUAAUAGCUCUCCCUAACUAUGAAGGUUUAUUAAUCUUUGAAAAGGGAAAACUUUUCAAAGUUAAUUUUCUUCUGAAAACUAUUCUUUAAGAAAGCUAAAUUGAUAAAGAAAUAAAGAAAGUAGUAAUGUAUGAUAAGGAAACAAUUGUUUAUAUAACUUAGGAGGCUAAGAAAAUUAAGUUCUUUAAUUUUGUCAGAUGCGAAAAUGUUGAUAUUAUGAAUAUUGAUUUGCCAACUUAAUCGGGCAUGCCAAAUAGUGAGAGAACUGAUAGCGCCAAAGAUGAUUUAUUUAGAGAUGGUAUGGAAUUGGUUGUAUUACCUGAAAGUAAAUAUGUUGUCUUAUUAGAAAUUAAAAACACUUACAGCACUCAUUAAAAUGAAAAUGUUAUUACUGCUUUUCACGAAAGUUAGCAAGGAGACUUCUUCUCUUAAGUGAAAUAUAGUGAGCCUAACUAAAAAAUGUUUUUUAUGGAAAGAUUGAACAAGAGAGAUACUAUUUGUGUCUAUACUCAACUCUUCGAAAAUGCUCCUGUUGAAUUCUUAAUUUGGAAUGUGAGCAAAAAAGGAGAAGGUCUUAUCCCUUAAUUCCGUUUAACUGAAAAUUUGGAUGGUGUUGUUUAGCAUAUCUUUUCAUUUGGAGAAAACAAAGCUGGUUUACUAGCUAAUCUUACUAAAGGACAUUUUCCAUGCCUUAAGGUGUUUGAUUAUACUUAAGGAAGCCCAGCUAAGGAAUAAACUACCCUACUAGAUGUUAUUCCUUAAGACCCUAAUUCUAUUUUAGAAUAAAGCGUAAAUACCGUGAGUGAAAACAGGGCUUUUGGAAUAUAAGAUAUAUAUCUAACUGAUGUUGAAAAUUAAAAGAUUAUAUGGCAAAGAUUUGGACGUCAAGGAUAAUUUUUUGAUGUUUAUAAUCCCUCCUCCAACAAAAUCACUUUUAUGUAUUUUGAAGGAGAAGAUGAAAAUGAAGAGGAUGAAAAUAAUGAAAAUUAAUGUGAUGAAAAAGUAGCAUCUGUUGAUAAUAAAUACAUUCUUUCUUACUGUAGAAAUAAUUCUGAUAAUGAUGAUAAUGAAUAAAAAUUCCCUUUCAUGAUAAAUUCUAUAGUCGAAGUUAAAUCAUCUAUCAUGCAUCUCCUCAUUAAAAAGCAAAUAACUGAUAAAUAUGGGGAAGAAGUUUGUAAAAAUAUUAUUGAUAUGCUCAUUCGUCAUGAAUGA